AUGAACGACGGCCGGCGGACGCCGGCGACGACAUUGAGCUCGAGCUCGGCUCGGCGAUCAGUCUGCUCGUCAUGGCGUGCCGCCUACACCAGUCUGUGCAGCGCUGGAAGUUGCAGGUUGCGGCAGACACCGUGCCUUCUGUACACCUCUGAAUCCACCGAUGCGAGGGAAGCGGGUCUCUACAGCAUCGCGGAGAAGAAGGCCUACACAUUGACUCUCCCAGACCCACCUAUCCGUAGUAGGUAUAUCAUUGGCUCCUCAUAUGGAUGGAUCAUCACGGCUGGUGAGAGGUCCGAGCUUCACCUUGUAAAUCCCAUAACCAGCGAGCAGAUUUCCUUACCAUCAGUCACGACUAUCGAGCAAGUGAAGCCGGUCUUCGAUGACGAAGGCGCUGUGUGCAGCUAUGAGAAUUGGUGUUACACUGGAGAAGAUGUCAUUUCAGACACGCCUUCAGUAUUUCCUCUCAGCAAGCUGAGGGAUUACCUGUUCUACAAGGCCUUUCUGUCUCCGGAUCCAUCUACUGGAGGCUACUUUGUGGUGCUCAUCCACAACCCAGUUUCACAGCUCUCAUUUGCAAGGGCAGGGGACGAUAAGUGGACCUGGUUGCCACCACAUUGUUACUAUGAAGACUGCUUAUUCAAGGAGGGGUUGUUGUAUGCAUCCACUACAUUUGCAGAAAUUCAUACAUUCAAUCUUGGUGCUCCUGCAGUCACACAGAUGGUAUUUUUGGACAAGAUGAAAGACAUUUAUUGCGAGAGGAUUUACAUUGUUCACGGUUCAAGUGGUGAGAUGCUGCAAAUAUGGAGGUCUGAUGCAGUACCACGUGGAGAAGAUGAAGAUGAAACUGAUUCAGAUUUAGAACUGGAAUUAGACCGUGACAAAUAUGUGUCCAAUACCUCCGCGAUCACACUGAAGGCAAAUCAUGUCUACUUCACUGAUGAUGACUAUAUCUACACUAAAGGUUUCAAGAAUAACCGCCGAGACAUUGGUAACGUGGCCUCGAGGCCGGACUCUGCGGUGCGCCGUGAUCGUUCUGCACCUUGUGCCAUCCCACAAGUCCGGAUCACGCCGCGCAAGACAGACUCUGCUCCCGCGCGAACAAUGCGCGCGUCGAGCAACAACAGCACAGGACCGAGUAAAACAGACUCUAGCCAUGUGCAGACUCAACUGAAUGAGAAAAACAAGAAGCUAGUAACAGACUCGACCUCGUCCAGUACGCCUGGACGUCGACACCGCGGCAGGAGAAGGCAGAUCGGAGGCCGCGGCGCGGCGGCCUAG